AUGGCAGGCCUCAGCGAUGCGCCCUUCAUCGAGGCCCUCGCCGUGCCCGCCGUCUGCGCCCUGAUCGCCUUCCUCAGCUACUUCAGCCAGUACAUCUUCUUCCACGACCCGGACCUCCUCCCCGGCCCGCCCUCCCGCGCCGAGACCCUCGUCUUCAACGGGCUGCUGCUCUGCCUCUGGAUCAGCUACUUCCGCGCCGUCACCGUCGACCCGGGCCGGUACGUCUUCGAGGACCGGGUCCUCGAGGUGACCGCCGACGACGACGGCGGCAGCGGCCGCUGGUGCAAGAAGUGCCAGGCGCCCAAGCCCCCGCGGGCGCACCACUGCCGGCACUGCAGGCGCUGCAUCCCCAAGAUGGACCACCACUGCCCCUGGACGAGCAACUGCGUCUCCAUGACCACGUUCCCGCACUUCCUGCGCUUCCUCGCCUACGCCAACGUCUCGCUCUGGACGCUCGGCUACCUCCUCUGGCAGCGCUUCCUCGCCCUCUGGGAGACGCGCCACAUGCCCUCCCACCUCGGCCCCUCGCUCUUCGGCCUCGUCGGCCUCUCCGCCACGGCGCUCACCUGGUCCGUCACGAGCCUCCUGCUGGGCCUGAUGCUCUUCGGCACGCUCAAGGGCUGGGUGCUCAACCGCACCUCCAUCGAGGAGCUCGAGUACGACCGCCACGAGGCGCACUUCCGCAGCGGCGCGCGCGACUGGUGGGACCUGACGGGGCCGGACGGCGAGAAGCUCAAGUUCGAGCACGUCGAGUUCCCCUACGACGUGGGCUUCUUCGCCAACAUGGCGCAGGCCAUGGGCACGUCCAACGUGCUCCUGUGGUUCUUCCCGCUUGCGGGAAACCCGCGGCUGAGCAAGACUGCGCCCGGCCCCGGGUGGACGUGGGAGGAGAACGGCUUCAACCGCAAGGAGGGCAUGUGGCCGCCCAUCAACCCCGAAAAGCUCCGUCUCUCGAAACGAGAACUGGGCGUUUCGCGGCGCAACUACGAGGCGGAGCUCCAAGACUACGGGCUGAGCGCCGAGGAGCAGGUCGAGGCAUUCAGGAGGCGCCAGGAAGAGGAUUUCCGGCGCAGAAACAGGAACCUGAUGGCGGAGCUGGAAGAGGUGGAUGAUGAUGUGUAUCAGCAGCGCAGGAGUGAUGAUGACGAGGGCUCGCUAUUUGGGUGGACCCAUGCGGAUGGCGAUAGUCUGGGGGAUUAUGGCGUUGACGAGGAUGCGGAAGAGCAGGAUGAGGACGUUCCCCUUGCGGAACUUUUGCGGCGGAGGAAGGGGAAUGGCCUAUAUGUUGAUGAAUAG